CGCCUCUGGAGCUGGCUGAAGUGGUUGGGGGGUUGUAGCCGGCGCGUGGCGAUGAUGUUGCCGGAAGCCAGGAUCAUAGAGACGCGUGGCCUCCGCGGAACGCUCUGGCGGACUAAGAGUAGCGGGCGAAGCGAACGGCCAGCGCGGGCCCCUGGCGGGCGGGCGGUGCAGCCCCAAGCCUGAGACCCGGACCUGAGCACCGCAGGUUCGAUUCCCGCCCCUGCCCAGGGCGAGGCUGGCGGUGGCGGCGACCUCGCGACGUUGCACGGGCUCUCUGAGCACCUCCCCUCUGAGCACUUCUCGUGUGACGGGACCAGGACGAGGUGGCCAGGCGGCCCCCGUGGCGCCCCUGGUCUAGGCGGAGAACGACCUGGGCGAUGAGUGAGAACCUCGACAACGAGGGCCCAGAGCCCGUGGAGAGCUGUAGCCAGGAGAGCAGCAGUGCCCUUAAUGGCCCUACAGCCUCGGUGUCCCCUGCAGCCCCAGCAGCCCUAGAGGAGGCAGAGGAAGAGGGGGCUGGAGCAGCUACAGGGUCGGGGCCUCAGCCCGGGCUCUACAGCUACAUCAGGGAUGACCUGUUCACCUCUGAGAUCUUCAAACUGGAGCUGCAGAAUGUACCUCGCCAUGCCAGCUUCAGCGAUGUCCGUCGCUUCCUGGCCCGGUUUGGCCUGCAGCCCCACAAAACCAAACUCUUUGGGCAACCACCCUGCGCCUUCGUGACAUUUCGCAGCGCUGCAGAGAGGGACAAGGCCCUGCGCAUUUUGCAUGGUGCCCUCUGGAAAGGCCGCCCACUCAGUGUGCGCCUGGCCCGGCCUAAGGCCGACCCCAUGGCCAGGAGGAGGCGACAGGAGGGUGAGAGUGAGCCGCCCGCAACACGAGUGGCCGACGUAGUGACCCCUCUAUGGACAGUGCCCUAUGCUGAGCAGCUUGAGCGGAAGCGGCUGGAGUGUGAGCAGGUGCUACAGAAACUCGCCAAGGAAAUUGGAAGCACCAACCGUGCCCUUCUGCCCUGGCUGGUGGAGCAGAGGCACAGGCACAACAAAGCCUGUUGCCCACUGGAGGGGGUCAGGCCAUCACCCCAGCAGACCGAGUAUCGUAAUAAGUGUGAGUUUCUGGUUGGCGUCGGGGUGGAUGGGGAGGAUAACACCGUGGGCUGUCGGCUCGGCAAGUACAAGGGCGGGACGUGUGCUGUGGCAGCCCCGUUUGAUACCGUGCACAUCCCGGAAGCAACCAAGCAGGUGGUGAAGGCCUUCCAGGAGUACAUCCGGUCCACGCCAUACUCAGCAUAUGACCCAGAGACGUACACAGGCCACUGGAAGCAGCUGACUGUGCGUACUAGCCGCCGCCGCCAGGCCAUGGCCAUUGCCUACUUCCACCCUCAGAAACUGAACCCUGAGGAGCUGGCAGAGCUGAAGGCCUCCCUAGCACAGCACUUCAUGUCAGGGCCAGGCAGGGCCAGUGGAGUGACCUGCCUCUACUUCGUGGAGGAGGGACAGCGAAAGACUCCCAGCCAGGAGGGCCUGCCCCUGGAGCACGUGGCUGGGGACCAAUGCAUCCACGAGGACCUGCUAGGGCUGACCUUCCGGAUCUCUCCACACGCCUUCUUCCAGGUGAACACACCUGCGGCCGAGGUGCUCUACACAGUCAUCCAGGACUGGGCCCAGCUGGAUGCGGAGAGCACAGUGCUGGACGUGUGCUGUGGCACCGGCACCAUUGGCCUGGCCCUGGCCCGGAAGGUGAAGAGAGUCAUUGGGGUUGAGCUGUGCCCAGAAGCUGUGGAAGACGCCCGGGUGAAUGCCCAGGACAAUGAACUGAGUAACGUGGAGUUCCACUGUGGGAGGGCCGAGGACCUGGUGCCCGCCCUGGUGAGCAGACUGGCCUCCCAGCACCUCGUGGCCAUCCUGGACCCACCCCGUGCCGGCCUACAUUCCAAGGUGAUCCUGGCCAUCCGCAGAGCCGAGAACCUCAGGCGGCUGCUGUACGUCUCAUGCAACCCCCGGGCAGCCAUGGGCAACUUUGUGGACCUCUGCAGAGCCCCAUCUAACCGGGUGAAGGGUAUUCCCUUCCGGCCGGUCAAGGCCGUGGCAGUGGACCUGUUCCCGCAGACCCCGCACUGUGAGAUGCUCAUCCUGUUCGAGAGGGUAGAGCACCCCAAUGGCAGAGGGGUCUUGGGGCCCCACAGCCCUCCAGCUCAAGCCACACCAAGGUCCCCAGAUGACACCCCACAGGAAACCAGGGCCUUCCCCUCAUCUUAGGCCCGGGACCCAUCGUGGGAACAGAAGCCAAGGGACUCCCCAGACCCCAGGGGUGGGGAAAGGCACAGCCUGCUGGCAAGGAUGUUCAGAAGUAGGCGGCCAAAGGGUGCAGAACCCUGUGCCCCACAGGACUGACCUGCUGCUGGCGGGGAGGGGCCCUGACCAAGAAGGCGGGGUAGGCUUCUGUGGCCUGUUCCCUACCCACAGGGCCUUUGUAGACUAAUCAAGGCUGUGAGGGCCAGAAUAAACAACUGCUCAAUGAAGAGUGUUUCCGUGAUGA